AUGGCUUCCCACAAAUCGUCCGCGUCGGCCACAAAAACACCCAGGAAGAACGGAAAAAGCUGCAAGCGCCGGAGAUCUCCCUCGUCUGACAAGUCCAGCCACACCAGUCGCUCCCAGAAAUCAUCCAGCUCCAAGAAACAGCGCAUUGAGCCUGCCCCAGAGACGCCCAAGCCAGAAUCGCAAGAGAUCGACAAGCUGGGGCGCGAAAUCGAAGAUCUUCGCAAAAUAUUGGACGCAAGUAAGCAACAAGCGGCCGAUGCUCAGGCAAGGUUCGAAGAGGUCCUGCAGAAGAAGUUGGACAAGUUUGAGGAGAAGAUAGACCACUUGCAGGGCAAGAUGGAUAGGCUUGACACCGACAUUCAGUAUCUCGGCCAGGAAUACAGGCGUUUGGUAGAAAACGCCCAGUAUCAUGAAGGAUUAGAAUAUCCUGGAGGAAUCGACUACCGUGGAACACUGUCGGAUUACUAA